GAUAUAUGAUCGGGUCUGAUCACCUGACGAACUGGAGACGUAUGGACGUAUACAUUUAUCACGUAGAUCUUGUUUGGGACUUACAUGUGGGAUAUCACACACACACACUCCUUACAUAUGGUUUGGAGUUUGUGACAAAUGUAUCUGAUUGAACACUGAAUUCCGCAAAUCGCCAAGGCUUCAGAACACCGUGUUUUAUUUUAAUAGUCUACCACUUUUCAUUGUUCGUAUGAGUUGUAUUUUAAUAGUCUACCACCUUUCAUUGUUCGUAUGAGUUGCUGCUCAGAAUUAUUCCAGGAAAUCAAAAUGUGACAAAUGAGUUAAAAGGGGGCAGCAUGCAGACAGGAAAUGUGCUUUUCACUCGCGUGGUCUCGACUGCUCUGAUUUCGCUGCGUGAGCUCGUCUGGUCUCUCAGACACACUGUGUGUGUGUGUGUGUGUGUGUGUGUGUGAUGGCGCGGCGCAAGUGAUGACUCCGACCCCCUCCCCUCUCCUGCAUCCUCCGGGAAGCCUCUCGCUGGCGUCGGAUGGUAAACCGGGCUGGGUUCUGACGUUUUCGCGGUGGACAUCUUGCUGCUCCACCUUAGGAAGCAGGCGGUGGAGGGCUCGCGCUCUUUCCCGUUCGGCGGCCGGACUGGCACUAACUGGCCCGUGAAUUAUUGAAUCGGGAGUACGAGCUGUCUGAGCGAGCUGUGUGUUUUCACGUCACGGGAUAAUUCGGGAGAAUGCUAACGUCUUCGACCGCAGCUCGGCUGUGUUUUACGGCCCGUGAAGGCUGCGCGAGGCGCUGAGGGGUGUGGAGUUAAUCUGCCCGGUCACUGCCAGCGGACACCUGCUUUCUUUUGUUUUUCCUCGUGAGGAUGUGAGUGCCGCGAGAUGCUAUGGCGGAGGCUGAUGUAGCAGGAACGGCAAGUACUCCAGUUCCCCCUGCUUCCCCGGGACCGGUUUCAGAUGUCCCGUUACCCUAUGCGGAGUACGAAUGCAAGAUAUGCUACAACUACUUCGACCUCGACCGCCGCGCGCCCAAGAUCCUGGAGUGCUUGCACACCUUCUGUCAGGAGUGUCUCCACGCGCUGCACCUGCGGGAGGAGAGACCCUGGCGGAUCUCGUGCCCGGUAUGCCGACACCGGACUCUCGUGCCAGACUACCAGAUUCAGAAUUUACCCAAUAACACGAAGGUUACGGAGGAUUUCCCGUUUUACAUCGAGUCAGACCCACUGCCGCAGGACGCGCUUCCAACGAGUCGCCCUCCGUUGCACCCGGCGCUCAUCGCCCUCAGGCGCGAGGACGCGUCCGGUGCAACCUCUGCAACCAUAACGACAGCCAGCGCGAGUCAGGCAACCGUCACAGCUUCUAGUACCGUCUCAGCAGCCACCACCCUCUCGCGGGAAUCAGUCGCGUCGUCAGUCGGUCGCAGUUAUGGCGGAGAGGACUGCUGUAACGACUGCAAGCGUCUCGCGCUCACGACCGGCUGUGUGUGCGUCAUAUUCUCCUUCCUGUCUAUGCUCGUGCUGCUGUUCAUGGGCCUGAUUCUCGUGCACAGUCACGGCGGGCAGCCCUCGCCCGCGGGACCGAUUUGCCUCUCAGCCGCGAGCAUCCUCGCCAUGGUCUCGGUGGUGGUCACGUGGCUCAUCUGCUGGUUAAAAUACCGCCCGGAGCACGAGACUGGCCGUUCAUCCGCUACUAGCCAUUCCAGCAGGAGGAACACCUGACUCUCUCUCUCUCUGUGUGUGUGUCUCUGUGUGUGUGUGUGUGUGUGUAUGUGCUUUAGAGAGUGUGAGAGAGACACAGAGAGAGAGAAUGAGCGACUGAGAUGUGCGAUUGACCUCGUUUCUUUGCAGAGAGGCCUCUGUGUGAUCUGGCCAUCAGCUCACAUCUGAAGAGGUCCUUGUUGUCUCCUGGAGCAACACCUAGCUGGUGACCUUUGACCCCUCUCCCUACCUUAACUAUGCACUUGAACUCUCACCAUUUAUCUGUCAUUUGUGUACUUUAUAUCCACCAAUAGAAUCACAAGCAAACUUAUUUAAUAAUGAAUUAUUUAUCCAUAGACUAGGCCACACUGUUCCAUAUUACUGUCUAUUAUACUG